GCGGAGCCGCCCACGGCGGGGCGGGCCGGACUCAGGGCGCGGGGCUCGGUGCCUGCGGGGUAACGGGACGGACAGACGGAGGGACAGGCAGACGGACGGGCCCUCCGGGGACUCCAGCCCGCCGGCAGCAGCAGCCCCCGCUCUCCUUCAGCGACCCCCCGGCAGCAGGCUCCUGCUCUGCAGCACCAUGCUGGAUCCCAACCCCCACUCUGCAAGCCGGAGGUGAACCCAAGUGAAAGCCAGCUAUCACAGUAGCUGUCAGGAUGACCAAAGCACGGCUCCUCCGUCUCUCUGUGGUGCUGGUCUCCAUCUUCAUGAUCCUCCUGAUCAUCGUGUACUGGGACAACGUGGGGACAGCACACUUCUACCUGCACACGUCCUUUUCCAGGCCUCACUCCCCAGGGGCCAUCCCUGGUAUCACUGCAGGUGGAGACUGGGAAGCCUUGCCAGAUGUGGAUGAAUUUUUGGCAAAGCUCCUUAGUUCGAACUUGAAACAGAACAGCUCUACCUCCCGAAAGACAGAGCAGCUGCUCGUCCAGGGCUCCAGCAAGCCUGUGGUGAGCAAUUUGGAGGAGAACGUACGGGGCUACGACUGGUCUACACACAAUGCCAGAAACAGCUUGGACCAAGAGAAACUGCAGAUAGAGAGGCAGAGAACGUUGCGGGAGUUCUGUGCCAAUUCCAGCUUCGCCUUCCCCACCAAGGAGCGCUCCUUUGAUGACAUCCCAAACUAUGAGCUCAACCACCUGAUUGUGGAUGACCGCCACGGCAUUAUUUACUGUUAUGUCCCCAAGGUGGCCUGCACCAACUGGAAACGGGUGAUGAUUGUGCUGAGCGAAAGCCUGCUGGACCAGGGGGUUCCCUACCGAAACCCCCUGGAUAUCCCACGGGAACACGUUCACAACACCAGCACCCACUUGACUUUCAACAAAUUCUGGCGUCGCUAUGGGAAAUUCUCCCGGCACCUCAUGAAGAUCAAGCUGAAGAAGUACACUAAGUUCCUCUUUGUACGGGACCCUUUUGUCCGCCUCAUCUCUGCCUUUCGCAGCAAAUUUGAGCUGGAGAACGAGGAGUUCUACCGGCGUUUUGCCAUCCCCAUGCUAAAGCUGUACUCCAACCAUACCAACGUUCCCACCUCUGUUAGCGAGGCCUUUGGGGCAGGCCUCAAAGUCUCCUUUUCUGACUUCAUCCAGUACUUACUGGAUCCCAGGACAGAGAAGAUGGCCCCCUUCAAUGAGCACUGGAGGCAGGUGUACCGGCUGUGCCACCCGUGCCAGAUAGACUAUGAUUUCAUUGGGAAGCUGGAGACGCUGGAUGAGGAUGCUGCUUAUCUACUGCAGCUCCUCAAAGUGGACAGGCUGCUCCGCUUCCCCCCCAGCUACAGGAACAGGACUGCCAGCAGCUGGGAGGAUGACUGGUUUGCCAAAAUCCCACUGGCCUGGAGGCAGCAGCUCUACAAGCUUUAUGAAGCAGACUUUGUACUCUUUGGCUAUCCCAAGCCAGAAAACUUGCUUAAAGACUAAAAGCGAUUGGGCUGUGGGUGUGGGAGGGAACAUCUGAAAUACCAAAAAUGUUUAAAGCCUCCUCAUUUUUGCUCUUAACUCCCUUCCCCCAUACAGGUUGGUACAAUGGAAUAUAUUUUUUCUACUGCUUCCCUUUCCAUUUUUGCAAUAAUGCUGGAGUCCAGGAUAUUCCAGCCAGCUGUGCAUAUGCAAAAAAAAAAAAAAAAAGCCUGUUUUUUAUCAUUGUUUUCUGGGUUUUCUUUUUUUUUUAAAGUCCCCUUGUUCACAAUGGGUUGCUGCCCAUGGUCACUCUGCCAACUGUGUCCUUCAGUAGCUUUUUAUUAAUACUUUUUUAAAAUUAAUAUAUUUAAGAUAUUUAAUACAAAGCGUGUGUUGUGGCAAAGGAAAGGAAGGAAUAAAAAACAAAAAGUCCAGGAAAAACCCAAGAAGUGGUGCAUCUGCCUCUCUGUGUUGUCUUGGGGCUGUUUUUUGUGCUGGAGGUGUGGUGUUGGCAGAGCACUUGAAUCUCUUGGGGAGCUGGGUUUGUCGGCGAUGCCUUUUACCUGCCACAUCUGCCUGUGGUUGCUCUGAGCUGGAUGCAAGGCAGCUGGGGCAGCUCUUUGACUCUGCCAAACAUCCCUGGAAGAAUAUCAGAGCUCUGGUGAUGCUUGCAGCUGGGGUCACCAAAGGGAAGUGGCUGGGAGCACUGACGCCAAGACCUGUGGCCAGCCCAGCAUCCUGCACGGCUUCCACUUGCAGCAAAGUGGUGGAGGGGCUCGGCUUUCCAAAAAGCUGUGUUUGCUCAGCCCCUGCUUGCAUGCUUUGCAUCUCCCACAAUGGUCCUUUUGGGGGUUGUGGACAACGUGGAUGGGCAGAGCAUGCUCUUCGAUGAAUGUGCUGCUCAGAGAUCAGCAUCACGUCUCCACGCAGCAGCUUAGGCAGGAACAGUUCUUUCUGUUGCAGGAUGGGGCUGAGGUCUGCUGCUCCACGACCUGGUCGCUGCUGUGUUACACCCCCAUCGCUGUGAGUGCUUUAGGGGGGUGGGACAGGGGUGCAGAUACUUAUCCCAGGAAGAAUAAAACCCAAAAGAUUUCUUUCAGUUGGUGUGUGCUAAGGCAAUCUCAAAAUUCAUUUGUUUUCAGAGUGCUGACUAUUGCUCGUGACACUGCAUCCUCAUCUGCUGCAUUUCUGUUUAUACCAACUGACUGAUGCAGAUUUAAUCAUCUGCCUCGCUGGGACCUGCUGCAGGAGUGAUGGUUGCCCACUGUGCUAGGAGCCUGUGGGCUGCUUCCCAAAGGAAAUUAAUGCUUUUAGAGACACUUUUUGUAUCUAAUCAGCUGAAUCUUCUUCUCUCUGAAUUGCUUUGCAAAAACAGUCUGCUCUGCAGAUUGGGCAAGGAACUCCUUUAGAGCUGAAAUGCUUAAUUACUUCUUGAGCUGUGAAUGGUAUCAGUGAUUAAAGUCCAGGUUCAGGCUUUGGGAGGCAGCCCUGUGUUGUGGGCAGACUCCUCUGAACUGACAUUUUCUGUUUCUCUUUGAGGCCAUCAGCAGGCAUGACUUUUCCUCUCCAUUUCUUUACUUCUCCAAGCUCUGUACAUGUGUGUCGUAUUGGCAUAGUGCUCUCUUCCUGGUAAAUAGGCUGCAUCAAGGUUUUUAAUCUUUAAGUAAAAGGUAAUAGCAAGGAGUUAUGCUGGAGGCAAAGAAACUGUUUCUCAUUGUAUUCACAGCACUCUUCUGUAAUUUCUGCAGAGAUAUUUGCAGUUUAAAUGAGCCUGAAGCCAUGAUCUGAUUCUUAGUGCUUAGAUCUUCACAGCUUGGGGAAAAAGGAAGUUCCUGUUUCUGAGUCAUUAUUUAAAACUAAUAAUAGAAAAGUGUUGAUCUAUUCAAUUUUUUUUUUCAAUUACAAGCUAAUCGCUGAAAAACAGAAAGACGUUGAGACUCUUUGUCUCCUGUAAUGAGUAAUCCCGGGAGUCUCACGGUUCCUGUGAUAUUUACAUUUCUUCAGGGUGGGUUCAUCCUGCUCUUCAAAGAUACAGCAUGGAUGUUUUAGGCUGUUGUCAUUACAACGUGUUUAUUUUUUUUUUCUUUUAAUUUCAAUUUAAUUGAUGUUUAGUAUUUGCAGACGUGGGCAGCUGGGAACAUAGCACAGACGCGCUGCCAAGCGCAGCAUAGCAUGAGCUGUGCAAACUUCCUUCCAGCUGCUUCCCCUGCACCUCUUGACCAAGUCCUGUCUCUUCCUGCCCCUCUGAACUGUGCUCAGCCGAUGUGCCCCCUGCAAUGCUCAUCCUGCAAACCAGCUGCAGCUGCAUCCUCACCUGCAGUCACCCUGUGAUUCAUGGCUGUGGCUUGUCCCAGGCAGCGCAAGAGCAUCUUUCCAUGGUCACCAGCUGUAAGUCGCUUGUUGUAGGCAGAGGAGGAACUGGUUGCAGGGUGUUACCCCUCUCGACUCUCAUUUUCAGUGGUUGUGCAAUUGGCAGAGAACAUGCAGGGUGGCUGCAAGUCUACCCAGCAGCUGCUCUGUGUGAUGGGAGAGCAUCCUCUCUUUACAUCUGCCUUGUAAUUUCAACAGCAGUAGAAGAAAAAACCCUCCCUCCUUUGCAAACCUCAGAGAUGGGACUCUGCAUGCACCGACUCCCCUCCUCUGUCCCCCCACAAAGCUGGGCAAAGUGGGUAAAUUCCUGCAUUAUGUGCUAAUACCACCCUGAGUCACGCUUAGGUCCAUUGUGCUCCAUGUGCAAGGUUCAGGAAGCUGCCUGCAGGCUCUGGCUUCCCCGGCAGCUUCACCCUUGGUAGUUGUGGUCAGGGUGGUAAGGAUGGUUCAAGAGGGCUGUCUUCCACGGUUUCCCUCUUUCACCAAAGUCCAGCCUGCUUUUACUUUUAAGAAAUUUCAAUCUUUGCAGACCCACACCCAGCCAAAGCUCUCUGUGCCUCCCCUUGCCACGCUCCAAAACGCUUGCAGGGAGGAGCAAAAAGCUCCGAUAGAGAGGGUCGCUUUGCAGUGGGUGGCUUCUGGCUUCCAAAUAGCUUGUUCCUUGCUGCUUUUUCUUUUGAAGCCCUCCCUCCCCACCCUUCCAGCAUUGUGAAUGUAUUGUUAAGGAGUCCGAGGCAAUCCAGGCUGCGCUGAGCUUUGCGGUGAGACCACUGUGUUGCCAGAACUGGGACAGAGCCUCUGGCUUUGGGAAUGUGCAUUUUUUGUGGGUUUCUUGCUCUGUUCUGAUGAUGUAAAAGUGGAGGGAUUUGGGGGGGGGGGAGAGGGAGGGAGGACAAAGAGUUCAAACCAGCCGUGCUUCCUCUCCCUGGUUUUCUAAAUGAGCUGGAAUUCAGUAUUUAACAAAUAAUGGCAGAACGAUUGGCAAAGGCAGGCAGUAUGCAUCCAUGCUGGACUGCAGUCAAGAGAGGACUAAAAAUCCUGAGUUUAGAUGGCUUUGAUGCCAGUACUGAUUUUAUAAGGGAUAGAAAAACGUUUUGAAGUGGCCUACUUGUGUCUAAAUAAACCUGGCUUUGUUGUUUCA